AUGAAACUCUCAAUUUUCAUCUAUUUUUGCCUGAUUCUCCCAAUUUUCUCGAUCAAUUGGCUCGAAGUUUUGGAAAAGUAAGAUUUUCUAAAAAAAAAUUUUGAAACAGUAAUUGUUUCCAGUACUUUGGAUAAAAAUGUUGGAGUUUGCGACAAUCUUUAUCGACAUGUUUGCCCCCAAAAUAAAACCGAUGGAUUUUCUCAAAUCGUGAAGCAAGAAUUCCGGAAAGAUUUCGAAAAAUACAAAAUCCCCGAAAACUUUGAGAAAAUCAAAGAAGAAAUCGAAACACUUAUCGAAACUAUAAGAAAUAAUACAACAUUUGAUCUAAUUUUUGAAAAAUCUGAAAAGUUUUGCCAAGAAAAUCGUGACGAAUUCAGAUUGUUCUUAGAACAGCUUGAAAGUUUGAUCCGGAAUGAGAAUAUUCCGUGUGAAGAUGAUAGAUGUUUUGUGAUCGCGUUAGAAAAUGAUAACUGUACCGAUGUUGUUGAGUUCAUUAAAUUUAAUUUGAAAAAGAAUUUCGAUCUUGCUAAAGAAGAAAUAGUGAGUUUUAAUAAUAAUUUGAAAAUACAUCAAAUAAUUAGUUAAAUUCUUGUUAAGAAAUUUGUAUACCUUCCAAUCGAUGCAACAGAUGUGUUACAAUCGUUUGAAUGGAUAAAAAAUAAUACGGAAGUUUUCGAUAGAAUUAAUUCAACAAUUGCGAUUAUCAAAGCUUUAACUUCUGAAAAAUUGCGGGUCAGUUUGUGAAGUUUAUUGUUAUGUUUAUUCUAACCUUUUUAGACUUUCCAAAAAAUUUUAGAGUAAUUUUUUUCAAUUCCAGGAAACACCAUGGAUCAAAAACAAUAAUCUCACGAGAAUAUUCGAGAACAUUUCAAAAAAACUUUAUUUACCGGAUCCUGAAAUUAUUGCUAAUCUGAAUAUAAAACGAUUAACAGAUUAUGAAUCAAAUUUAAAUAAAUGUUCAAAAAAUGUGCCAUCAGAUCUUAUUUCAAUUUGUCAUCUUCACACAAUCAAAAACAUGGAUAAAAAAGACAAGUACGCAUUGUUCAGUGGUGACAAUGCAUUUAAUAGUUAUCCAAUUAUGGGAUUCGGUCUUGCAUUUGCAUAUUACGCUAAAAUCGACCUACCACCAGCAUUUUACGUAAGCCGGGUUUCUGAAGAGAACAAAAAAUCCACUAGAUUCUUUUCAGCUUGGAUCAAUUGCUCAAAUAGUUGCUCACGAAGUUGGUCACACUUAUAUUGUAAGCGAAAGAGGAGACAAUUUCUUGCCAUAUUUUUCGAAUGACACAAGAAAUUGUAUUCAAAAUCAAUUUACAAAAUCAUGCGAAUACUUUGCGGAAGGUGAAUGUAAAACUUCUGAUAUUCAAUUCGACGACAAUGGCGCGGAUUCAUUUUCAUUCGAAAUUAUGUAUCAGAUUUUCAAAGCAUUUUAUGGAGAAACUAUGAAUGUGUGUUUUAGGUUGCAUACUUUACGUUGUUAUAGUCCAAAAGAUUCAACGAAUUCUAGAAAUCCUCAAAGUUAUAAAAAUAUUUUUGAAACAGUGAGUUCUACUAUACGUUCAAACGAAUUUCAUUUUAGGAUGAAAUAAUUGGUUCGAAAAUUGGAAUGACACAUGCACAACUAUAUUUCUACAGUCAUGGAACAACUCUUUGUAGUGUUAGUUUUGUUUUAAAAUUUCAAAUCUUUAAAAAUAACAUGUUUCUUCAAUCAAAAAUCUUAUCAAUUUCAGCCAAAGCCAAGAAUUUCAUAUCCAAAGGGUAGUCAUCACGCAUCAAAUGUUCGUAUCAACAGCGGAGCCGCGCAAAAUUUGGAUUUCGGAAAGACUUUCAAUUGUGCUCCAAAUAGCAAAAUGAUUGAAUCGAGAGCUGAGAAAUGCUAUAUUUUUGGUGAAAAUGCGGCGGAAACUAGAUUCUAG